AUGAUGAUAAAAGGGGUAUUGCAGCAAGAAGAUAGUUUAUCUGAAUUUUGAUUUUUUACCACCUGUUUUUCGGCAUCAGUUUUCCCAAAUAACUAUGAAUAAAAUGCGAAGUGCAUUUUCAGAAGCCCGUCUUUCAUUCUGAAUUCGUCAAGAACGACAUUCAAUAUGGCUAUCAUCAAAGCGUUUGCCAUUUUCUUCGCUCUAUGCUUUUCACUAACUUCAGCAGGAGUGAUUUUUGCUCCAGAAGAAUUGGACAGGGAAAAUCUUAGUAAAUUAUCCUUAGCCAACAACGAGUUGGCAUUCAACUUGCAUCGAAGAUUGGCAUCUGGUUCAUCAGGAAAUGUGUUUUUCUCGCCCUUAAGUAUCUCCACAGCUUUUGGCAUGUUAUUUUAUGGAGCAAGAGGAAAUACAGCUCAGGAACUGAGAGAAGCUUUGGGUUAUGAGAAAGCAAAUCUUCCAAACGAUUUGGUCCACGACACAUUCAACCAUUUCCUCAGAGAGGUCUUAAGACAUGAAGAUUCCUCAAAUGGAUACGUCUUAAAAGCCGCCAACGCCGUUCUUGUCGAUAAACACCUACGACUGCUUGAAGAGUACAGAAACAACGUCCAAGAGUUUUACAGAGCAGUUGUAAAGGAUGUAGAUUUCGGAAGGGAAGCUCCAAGAAUAGUGGAAGAGAUCAACUCUUUCGUCAGAGAGAAGACCAAUGGCAAGAUUGAGAAGCUUCUUGAUGAAUUGAGUCCGUCCACUGUUUUGGUUCUCUUGAAUGCUGUGUAUUUCAAGGGAACAUGGAAAAUUGAGUUCGAUCGAGAAGAAACCUUUGAUCAAAUCUUCUACAAUUAUGGAUUGGAAUCGGAAAGAAAGAGAGCACCCUUCAUGCACAUGACGGAAAAACUUCCCCUCGCAAGAUUUGAAAACUUCCAGGCAUUGGAAUUGCCGUACAAAGGAGAAAAUGUCAGCAUGCUCAUUUUGCUGCCAAAUGAACGAGAUGAAAUUCAGUCGCUUGAGCAGAGUCUUACCCCUGAAAAACUGACGGAGAUUCAACAACGAUUGUUCAAAACAGAAGUAGACGUUUCAUUGCCAAAAUUCAAGCUGGGAUUCGAAAAAGAACUCUCCGAAGAAGUACAGGCCCUUGGUGCUAAUGAAAUAUUUGCAGCUGGUUCAGCUGACUUCUCAGGAAUGACUCCCAGCAGGGAUGUUUUCGUCAGCCAGGUCCUGCACAAAGCCGUCAUCGAAGUGAACGAGGAGGGAAGUGAAGCUGCUGCCGUCACAGGAAUCAUUUCCAACAGAAUGGGUCUCAUUGAUAAACCCGAAUUUAUAGCAGAUCAUCCUUUCCUGUUCGCCAUUGUAGAGAAAGGAAGCAAAAGCAACAUGAUUUUGUUCUUCGGCCGUGUAAAUAAUCUGUAAGAAUGAAAAUAAGAAAAAAUUUCUGGAUUUGUUUCUUUAAAAAUAAUUUAUGUAUUUUUGAUUGAUUAAACAUAGUGGGAAAAUCAA